AUGGCUGUACCCAAAACCGCCAUCCCCUCCUUGUCGGAAUGCCAGUGCCGCAUCUGUGUGGAAAUCCUAAUCGAGCCCAUAACGCUGCCUUGUAACCACACGCUCUGUAACCCAUGCUUCCAAUCGACUGUCGAAAAGGCGAGUUUAUGCUGUCCCUUCUGUCGCCGCCGGGUCUCUUCGUGGACCCGAUACCAUGCCCGAAGAAAUUCUCUUGUCAACAUGGAACUGUGGGAAUUAAUCCAAAAACACUAUCCAAAGGAAUGCAAGCUUAGAGUUUCUGGGCAGGAAUCAGAGGAAAUCGUUGAUGACUGUCAGCCCGUUCGCUUAUUAAGUAGACCCGGGGAAUUGAGAAGAGAAUAUGAGGAGGAGAUAAGCAAGGUGGAGGCAGAGCGACGAGCCAGUGAGGAAGAAGAAAACAAAGCCAGUGAAGAAUACAUACAGAGAUUAUUAGCAGAGGAGGAAGAGGAGGAAAAACAACAGGCAGAAAAAAGGCGAAGAGAGAUGGAAGAACAACUGAAAAGUGAUGAAGAACUAGCAAGGAAGCUAAGCAUUAAUAUUAACAAUUUCUGUGAUGGAAGUGUCUUGGCUUCUCCCUUGAAUUCCAGAAAAUCUGAUACAGUCACAACCAAGUCUCAGAAGAAAAGUAAGAACAAACAAACAAACACUGGAGAUAUUCAUAAGUAUUUGUCACCUAAAUCUCAGUUUGGGUCAGCAUCACAGUAUGAAAUUGUACAAGAAAGGAGGAAGGACUCCACGUCUAAGGAAACUGACAGUAGUGUUGUAAAGAGCCCUACAUGGCAAGAUACAGAAAUUGAGGAAGAUAUGCCAACACUUUCUCAGCAAAUAUGCAUGGAAAUUCAAGAACAGGGUGAAAAGUCUUUAGAGUCACCUAUGCCUCAGUUACGUGCCAAUGGUAGUGAAUGGUGCCUUGAAGGAAAAGUCAAAGUGAGACCAACGAAUCAUGAUAAAGAGUUAAGUGUCCUAAAUCAUGAGGGACCUGAAGGCAGAGUUCCCUGCUCUGGGGAAGCUGCAGUUAAGCCUUAUGGCAAAACAGAGAGUGGGUGCACUGUAUCAGGUAUGACACAGAUAAUUGGAAGUAAUACAGUUGAGACAGAAAAUGAAGAGUCUUGUCUGUCAAUCAGUAAAGAUAUUUCCAAAAGAAAAAAUCCGGAAUCUCUGUCUGAAGCGGUCAGGGAUCCAUGCGUUUCUGCAAAAAGAAGGAAAAUGUUCCCCGAAGCUUCCUCAGACCAAGAGGAAACAGAAAUCAACUUUACCCAAAAACUGAUAGAUUUGGAACGCUUACUUUUUGAGAGACAUAAACAAGAAGAACAGGAUAGGUUACUAGCGUUACAGCUUCAGAAAGAAGUAGAUAAGGAACAAAAGAAGCCAAACCGGCAAAAAGGAUCCCCAGAUGAGUAUCAUUUACGUCCUACAUCUUCACCUCCAGACAAAUUGUUAAAUGGACAGAGGAAGAAUUCCAAAGAUAGGAACUUCAGAAAACAGACUGAUAGAGAGCAUUCAAAAUCUCAGAGAGGCUCAAAAAAUGAAAAUUGGCAGCCGUCUUUUAAGAUCCAGGUGAAACAUUCAGUUAAUGUUAAUGGGAGAAAGAUGCCAAAUUCUUCUAGAGAUAAUUGUAAUGUAUCUAAAAGUUCCCUACAGCCUAGUAAGUCACAGAAAAGUAUUUUUCAAAUGUUUCAGAGAUAUACAAAGUAAUGCAUUGGGAGAAGGAGUGUUUUAUAAUCUAGUAAAGCUGGAUUAUGAAGCUCUUUUUUCUGUCAUAGACUCUUUAAAUAGUUACACUCAUCGUCUAUAAAGGACUGUGUGAUUACAAGGGAGGACUAUAUAAAUGUGUUUCUGCCAAACUCAGUGGUAAGCCGGAGUCCCAAUCCUUUGCUUUUUUAAUAACUGUGAUGUACUAAGUUUGACAAUCCUUAUGGGAUAUAAAAACGCCUUGGUGAACUCCCAAGAAAUCUUCAAGUGCCAUUCUGUUUCCCAAAAAUGCAUGUUUUACAGCCUUUGCUUCCCUUCUUGUCCUAACUAGUAAUCAAAGCAAGAUGGUACUAUACCGAGUAGUUAGGAACCCAGGCAGGGUAAGUUUUCUUGCUACUUUCCCAUAUAUUUGCAGAGCACUUGAAAUGCAUGUUCCAUAACACUAAAGCAAUCUAGUUUUCAUCUCCACUUUAAUUAUUUUAACCAUUAUAGCAUUUUCUUCAAUUUAAAAUGGUUUAUGAUCAAUGUGAAAUCAGAAAAACCAGAGUUUCCUGGAAAAUUAGGAAUCAGUUGACAGAAAGGAAACUAGGCUCUUGUGCGAAAGGAGUUAAGAGUUGGGGUGCAGCUCUGUGGGGCUGGUUGACCAUUUGGAAGCGUUGGAACUGAGUGAGUGAUCAGAAACUGGGCCUGGGAUGGAGUAGCUGGUGAAGUUUGGUAGAGGGUUCUCCCUCCUCCUUUCUUUGCUAAAUGACCUGGAAAACAUUUGGGUUUUAUAUAGCUUUUCACACCAUAGUAUCUGGUGUCAAAAUCAGAAUCAAUUACUAAAUUGCCUGAAAUUUAGGGAUUUCACAUUUCUAUUAAUCUGCUAUUCCAGGAAAAAAAAAAUGGGACUUUACUGUAGGAGAGUUAAAUAUCAUAAUAUCUUUUGUUGUGGGACCUGAGACAUAACCAUGUGUUUAUUUCCUUAUAUUAUCAUUUGUAUUGAUGCUGACUUUUAUAUGUGUUUAUGGACAGAAAAAGAGAGUCUUUGCCGUCUUACCCUGAAAGUUAAAUCAGAAGGCAGUGAUUUCAUUUUGUGAAAUUUAACUUGGAGACUAUUAAUCUUUUUUUCAUUAAUAUAAACAACUUUAAGCAAAUAGCAGUUUUAACAGCAUUUCUGCUGAUCUCU